AUGAAGAGAAAUAUGGUACCGGUUUUAAGGAGUUGUCAUUCUUUUUCCAAACUGAUUAAUACUCGUUUUUAUACUACAUCUAAUCUUAAGAAUGGGUUGGCUCAUCCAUUUUUCAAAUUAUCGCCAAUGGAACAAUUUUCUCUAUGUUUCUCUGAAAGAAAAACUUCAUUAGCAAAUGGGUCUAAAAUAUUUCCAAUUUUUACAGAAGAUCUUUCAAAUAUGAAGCAAACUUUACAAUUAAACUCUAUUAAUCUUUCAAAUAAAAAGGAGGUUAUCAAAUGGUUGCAAAAGUAUGAUAAAGAAGUUAAUGUGGAAUCUUCAAAGAGUAAAUUAAAAAAUUUUAGUACAAAUAAAGAUGACACUAUGCCGACAAGUUUCAUUAAUAAAGAGAAAUAUCCACAAUUAAACGAAAUCAUUGAGCUGUUCAAGAAUGAAACCUUAAUUACUAAAGAUCCUGUAACUUUGAAUUCAUUAAUUGAUUAUUUUCUCCUGAAUAAUCAGUCAGGUAUCUUUGCAGAAAAUAUCUACAUUUUCUUAUUGAACGAAUAUUCCGAUUCUAUUGAUAAAUUAAACUUAAUUCUUGGAUCACUUAAAUUACAUCUAAAUAAUAAAUUAGAUUAUUUCCCCGAUAUUGAAAAUAUCAUUUUAAAAAUUUUAAUCUCGAUUAAUAAAUUAUCAAACUAUCCAAAGAUUGAGUUCUUUGAUAACGAGUUCCAUAAUUUAUUAAAGAACAUAUCCAUUAAAUUCAAUUUUCAGGAUACAUUAUCACCAUUUAAUGAUGCAGUUAUUCAUCAAAUGUUGCAGUAUCAUCUAUUUAAAACUCAAAAUUUGAUAGAAUGUAAAUUUUUGAUCGGUUUGUUGCUUUCUAGCAGACAUAUAAGGCCAUCAAAUGAACUUCUACAUUGUUAUCUAAAUUUAUUAAAUAAAAAAACACAAACUUUAAGCUUCAAAGAUUCCAAAUUACAAAAAUUGAUAUAUUUAUCUGAUUUCAGAAUUUUAAUUGAACAAUACCCUACUAUUGAAUUGAUUCGUUUUAUUUUACCACUAUGUGGUAGCUUUAAUGAAUUAAGAAACAUCCUAAAUAUUAUAAUGAAACAAGAUAACAGUUUGCAAUAUUUUGAAACUUUAACAGACUUAAUUAUUAAGCAAUACGAGGUUGUAUGUCAAUGGGAUAAAUCAAUUAUGGGUUCUGUGGAGACUAUUCAUCUAUACAAUUGUUUCAAUGUAAUCUAUAAAGGACAGAUUCCUGUUGAUCCCUUAAAUAAAAUACUUAUAUUGAUGGGGUCAAAUGGCAAUUAUUCAAUGAUAGCUUAUAUAUUAAACCAAAAUAAAGGAUUACAAAAGGAUUCAGGAAUUCUAAAAGAGAUUAUUAACGAAUUUCCUCCUAAUGAUUCCCUAGAGAAAAAGAAAUUUACAAAACUAUUUAAACUUUCUUCAACCAUCAAAUAA